AUGAAUAAGAGAAAACGUAUUAAAUUUGAAUGUGAAGAAUGUGGUAGUGACUUAAAAACUCAUCGUGAAAAAGUGGUACAUGAUGGUAAAAAGGUAAAAAUUAAACAUGUGGGAGCAUCAUUAAAUCCAUUUGAAGCCUUUAAGAGAAAAGCUACAAUUUCUGUUCCGGCAGUUCCUUCACAAAGUGUUUCUACCAUAUUAGUUACACAAUCUCCAUCUCUGUCUUUCACGACUAAUAUGUCUUUUGAAAAUGUUGACGAAUCAACAAUCAUCGAUCUGCGAUCAAUUGUUUAUUACUAAAUCGUCGCACGGUACUGAAUCGUCUUCCAUUACUGAAUUGUGUUCUAUUACUGAUUCAUCUCCCAUUACUGUUAAUAAAGUGAUUGACAAAAUAUUAUAUGUGAAAAUGUAUGAAAAGGUUGAUAUAGACAAAUCUGCGGAAAUUGAAACUAGUGAACAUAUAAAUGAUGGAGAUGAAUCAUUUUCCUGGAUGAAUUGUGCUGGACAAGUUACCACAUUCCUCGCUAAUUUCGAAAUGUUCAGGAAAUUGUUAAAGAAUGGUCUCUCCUCAAACAUCGGCGAGUAA